GGCAGGAAGACAAUAUCAGGUGGACCGCGGGGAAGAUGGCGGCUGCCAAAGCGGGCCCACGUGUGCGCGGGACUGCUGUGGGCGAGGAGGAAGCGGACAGCGAUUCUGAGUUAAGCUCAGGACUUACAGAAGACAGCUACUCUUCGGGAGGUGAAGCCCUGGAUGGCGAUGAUGAAGAUGAAACUGCAGCUGAUGGCAAUGUGGUUGAAGAGGCAACAAGCUCCAAAGCUGGCCCAAGUGCAGGCUGGGCAGAUGCCAUGGCAAGAGUGCUCAACAAAAAGGUUCCGCAAAAUAAGGCCACCAUCUUGGCAAAGAAUAAAAAACUGGAGAAGGAGAGAGAAAAAGAAAGACAAGAAAGACUGGAGAAGAGGAUGAAGCUCGAUAAAAAACGGGAGUGGGAAAUGAUGUGCCGAGUGAAGCCAGAUGUUGUCAAAGACAGAGACAGAGAAAGAAAUCUUCAGAGAAUUGCCACGAGAGGUGUUGUACAACUAUUCAAUGCUGUCAGGACACACCAAAAGAACAUUGAUGAGAAGGUGAAGAAAGCUGGAAGCUCUGAGAGGCAACGUGCUAAACUGCUGUCAUCUGUUUCAAAGAAAGAUUUCAUCAAUGUUUUAAGAAACAUGGAGGGUGCUAAAGGAAACAAGAAUCCAGCUGGAAAGGCCACAAAAAAUAAACAGGGUGAAGUGAAGUCUGAAGAAGGGCCAGAAUGGAAUAUACUGCGUGAUGACUUCAUGAUGGGAGCAUCUAUGAAAGACUGGGACAAGGAAAGUGAUGGAGAGGGCAAUACAGAACAAGGAGGUGGUCUGAAACAAGAAGACGACAGUGACUGAAAAACAUUCAAGAUAAUGUUUUAUCUUCUCAACUUUCUUUGGAUAACAAGUCAGCAUUCUGUGAAUGUACAACACUUGGAGGAUAUCUCUUUUUUAAAAACAAAAAGAAUAGACUUGCACAGCUUUGGAGUGUGUUCCAUGUCAAACUUUUAUUUAAUAUUGCUUCGCCUGCUAUACUGAAACCCUGAAAUAUUUUCCAAAACAUGUAUAAUUUUCAACAUAUUUCCAAAACAUUUUGUACAGUCAAAAUAGUGGCACCUGCCCAAUGAAAGAUUGAUUUUGCCAAGGUCAUUAAAAGUUUAUACAUUAGUCAUGGCAAUUGAUGUAUUAGUGUGCCUGCAUUUCCAAAUCAGUGUUGCACUUUGAAAAGUUGUUAGCAAUUCGCAGUAGAAAUGGCUUACAAUAAACACAGAAAUGCCGUCACCUUGUAAAGUUAUCAGACUCCUAUAGAGCCUUUACUACUUUGGCCAGAAAUGGUUUUGUAUAUAAUAAAGAAAAGCAACCAUUAAUGUGA